AUUUUUAUAAUUUUGAAGAUGGCGGCUGGAGGCAUGGCGGUAAAUUCGGAGGCCCGGCUUUGGGGGCCGUAUAAAGAACUGGAGCAAACCGUGCAGGCAGCCGUGUUCAGAAAACUCCCAGAUGCCAUACAUGAUUUGGAAAUAGCCCUCAAGAAACACAAACCAGACUUCAUUGCCUUGUUGAAGAAUCCACCCAAAAAUGCCACGUACAGAACAGCCGUUCGUGGGGCCACAAAGAACGGACUACCAGUUAUGGGGGACCAGUCCAAACAAACUUUCUCGCAGCAGUUCAUUGAGGAGGCUCUCAUUCUGAGUGACCUGUUUGACAUGAGUGAGAUUGCAGCUGUAGAACUCUUAAUGGCAGGUGAAAGACAGCAAGCAGAGUUCCCCGGUCUGACCAGAGGCCUGGUAGCCGUUUUGUUGUACUACGAUGGACAGAAGAGUCUGAUUAACUCCCUUCGUACCCUUCUCCAGUCCAGGGAGGGAAGAAUGUGGACCAUGGAACUGACCCCUGACCUCUCCAGCAUGGUCAAUCAGUACACGGAUCAGUUGAUCCAGAGGGAUCGUUUAAUCAACACCAUACUAGAUCAGUUAAACCAGAUGAACUUGACGAGAGAGAUGGACAGAUUACAGAAAGACAGGGCAUUAGGCCCCCCCAAACACAAGAAGCAGGUGUCUGACUUGUACAAGGAAAUCCAGAUUAUACUAGCAGAUUGCCUGUUCUGCUUAGCAACACAACAACCCUUGGAGAAAGCCGACACCUUGCGACUGAUUCAGCACCUAAGGGCGGAUAACUCUGUGAGUGCUGAUGGGAGCCUGGAGCCCGUAGCUCUGUGUCUUUUGAUGGCCCUCUUGUUCUGUUUUGAUGUCACCCUGCUGGAACAAGAAGAUGGCAGAGAGGUGAUACAACGCCUGCCUAUGAUGACAGAUCCGAGGUACAUCCCCGACAUUCACCAGGAACUGAUGUCUGCACAAGCCUGGGCCAACCCUGGAAUGAGGAGCGUGGUACUACUGGCCUGGGGGGUCACGCUGAGGCAACUGAACCAGUACCAGACCCCAGCAGGCGUGAACGGGAUUUGUGAGGAGGAUGAGAUCGUAAUUAACGAGGCUUUGGCCGGUAAUGUGUUUCACUUCCUGCGAGUUGCCGUGGUUGCUGUGCCAGAUUUCCAUAAAGAGGAGUACUACUUGAAGAAAAUCCAUGGAAUUGUGACUGACUUUAUAUUUCACAUGCCACUCAAGGUGAAGGAACUCCGAACAAGAGGAGACGAGGCUGCAAGACUGGCUGCAUCCCAGACCCCGCAGGAAGCACCCACCUCCCCCAGUCACGGCUUUCAGUACUUACUAAGACUGAUUGGAGAUUUGUACAAAACUGACCCCCUGGGACUACAACUGUCGGUGGAGUACUGGUGUCCUCAGGAAAACUACGGGCCUCAUGAGACAACGUACAAUGUUAGACCCCCACAGAGACAGGUGUCGCUGUACAAGUUUGUUCGUCUGGCCGGUGACCUACUUCCUGUCUCUCUGUAUGUUCCGUACAUCGACAUGCUGAUAGGUCUCAGCAGUAACCCACAGUCAGCACACUUCUGCUUUGACCUUCUGAAGGUCAAUGGAAUGGGGUCAGGUGGUCCGGCCAGUGCUGUGUCGUGGUAUCACAUAUUCCUUUCUCUGAAUCAGUACUACACCAGCUUACGUCGCGAGGUUCCCAGCAGCUCUGAUUUAUCUCACAUGGGUCCUCGUGGCCCGCACCCCCGAGGAAUCACCCCUCAGGAACUGGACGGGCUCGUAACUGUCCUGAAACUGUGUCGCACUGUGUCGGAAUAUAAUGAAAACUGCCGCGUGGCGUUUUGUGAGAACCAGCAGUGGCAAGUGGCGGUGGUUUUAUUUGGACUGGUGACAUGCAGCAUUCCCCUGAAUUUGAAAGCGGAGAUCUUCCGGGUGUUGGCUGCGUUUGCGAAGACUCCAGAUGUUGCAGCCAGUCUUUGGCACACUUUAGAGGCCUCCCAGAUUCUGACGACAGUUGGGAGCAGCACUUCCGCUCAGAGUGGAAUUCUGGUGGAGCUAGAGGAGGUGGAGACCCGCGGAGAGGAGUUUCACAUGACCCGGGCAUUCCUGUCUCUGUUGGAUUCUCUCACGGACAUCCCCGUCCCCCUUGGCCUGGGGGCAGGGCUCCGAGCUCCCGGUCUCCAGCCCUACUUGGAGUUUGUCAAAGAUCAUGUUUUUGAGAAGUUUUAUGCCAGGAGUUACAAAAAUCCAUCUGAGAAGUGGCAGGUGGCUGGCGACUGUCUGCGUAUUCUCUGUAAACUUUUACGAGAGUAUGAAGUGGUGGGGGAGGACUUUGUCGAGGAAUAUGUGGAAGUACAAAUGGGGGGUGUGGUCCCUACCAACAAGUCUCCAGGCUACAUCAUUAUGCUGCACCUUCUUAAGGACUCCAACUUCUUGUCCACGGUGUUAAAGAUUUUGGAUGACAGCAUUCGACAGCUUGAAAUGCACAAGACCAUACCAGGACAGGAAUCCUUAGAGUUGGUCAGUCUGCUGUGUUUACAGCUUAUCGAGACGAGUCUGGAGAAAUCGGGGACUUUCCUCGACGCUUGUCGUGAGACCGGAGCCUCGGCUUUGGUGUCCGCCAUGGACCGUCUGCUCCUGAGCAUCAACCCACGGAGUGGAAAAGCUGACCACCUGGUCAAUGUCACUAAGUUUAUCAAGUUCAGCAUCCCGCUUCCUGAGCAUGCCCAGUCGGCCAUGAAGAUCCUGUAUCGAGUGUGUCACUCCACGCCCGUCCAGGUGGCACUGGUCAAUCUGUUCACCUCAAACCAGAUGUCCCACCUGGAAUUGCUCCAUGGCUUUGUGGAGUGUCUGGAGGUGGAGGAGCCGGAGCAGGCCGUGGAGAAGACAAUCCAGUUACCAGAGGAGGAGGACGACUCUAAGGAGACUGGCCGCAUCAGGAAUUCCACUAGACAAUACCUUCUUCAGGUCCUGCUGAGAUCUCUCGACCAACCAGCACCAAACUUGGCACACCUGUUACUUGGGUUCGACAUCAGGAAGUCAGUCAGUAAAACACUGCUUCAGGACCCAGGGAUCCUUGGGGCUCCCAAAACUUGCCUUCAUGCGGUGCUGUCCCUGUUGGAGAAAGGGGUGGGGACGCACUCUGGUCCCACCUGUCUGCGAGACACGCCCCGCCUCUCUGAGCUGGCAUACAAACUCAUCUAUCUCCUGGCUGCUAAUAGAGAGACGUCCACACCCACCCUGCGAUAUUUACGCACCACGCGGGACUUCCUGUACCGACAGCUGCAACAUCUGCCAUUCACUCAGCAGUUUUACAAGCGUCCUGUAAUGAUCUCUCAGUCGUGGUUGAUGAAGCUUAUUUUUUCAGAGCGUCCAGUGAUGAUCUCUCAGUCGUGGUUGAUGAAGCUUAUCGCGAUAGAACUUCGACUCACUUCCCUCAACCGUCAGAGGUCUCACACACAGAGGCUGAUGAGGGCGUUGCUUGACGAUGGGUCAGAGGGUCAGACAGUGUUCCAGCCAGCUGGAGGCGAUGAUGGGGACUUUACAUACGACGGAUUUACUGACCAGGUGUCUUACAUGUCUCAGACCUCCCGGCCCUUCAGAAGUCGGCAGGUGCGCCGGAAGUUGCUUGGUCUCCUAGAUGAAGUUGACUUUUCACAGCGCUAUCCUCCCACAAUGCAUUUGGAAUUCUUUGAAUUGACGCUGAUAGAGCAGGCCAUAAAGAGCGUUGAAACGCAAACAGAACAGGAAGUCUUGUACUGUGAUGUCAAGCGACUACAUUACGUACUGAUGAAUGAGUUAAACAACUUUCAGGGCAACAUCAUGGUCACACAGAGACCAGGGGUGUUAGAGGAAGUCGAGAACAUUCUACAGCACGUCGUCCGGCGAAACCGAAUCCGACAGGAGUUGAACACUAAGCAGCAGGCGUUGGAGGCGUGGCGUCAGGUUACAGAGGUCCUACUGACCGGCUGUCCUGAGGAUCUGCUGACCGCCGAGGACCGACAGACUGUCUUGUUUGAAUUACUACAGGAAUUACAACGAAAGGUGACAGAAGACGAUGCUCUGACAGAGUUAACUGCCCCUGUUGCCGGCAUCAUUCUGACACUGAUGACAAAUCUACGCCAGUGUUUCUGUCAGGAUGGCAUCACCGAUGAUGAAGGCUCGCGAUUUCUCACCAUGCUGGACUCCACCGCAGGGCUAGGUCAAACGAGGUCAUGGGGUCAAGGAUCCGGAUCUCGAACCCAAUUUGCCUCUUCCCUACAGUUGGUGCUAAAAGGAGUGAUUGACCAUAUUCUCUUGUCUAGCGGAGGGCAGCAGCGUGUGAGGGCCAACCUUUACGGAUCGCUGUUAUACUACCUCCAAAUCGCCCAGAAACCCAAGUCUCUGACUUCCACGGAACCAGAGUUGACUGGGGACGGUGUGGGUAAGAGGAUCCUAGCAGACUCCCACUCAGAGUACGAACAACUGCGACGUGAAAAUGUGGCGACCAUUCUGUCGUACGGCGACAACUUCAUGGACAUGCUGUGUCGUGAUGCCUGUGACGGACACGAUGUGGGACGCAUGCUGGCUCUGUCGGUGUUGGACACCAUUCUCUCCAUGGACAAGUUCCAGCAGUGGAUGACCUUUAUGUCCUCUAAGGGUUACCUGCAGCACCUAGUGGACAGUCUUCUCCAUGACGACCAGCAGCUACAGACACUUCUGUCUGCCACCCCCCAGCUCCGAGUCCUCUACAUCUACCUGUCAAAACUGAGCCUGUUGACGCGAGUUGCUGAGUCAGCAGUGGGGGCCCACACGCUGCUUCAGUGUGGAGUCAUGCAGCGAUUGGCUGGAAGCGUCUUCUUUGACCUUCGACCCGACUUUGACAGGGAGGCUGAUGAUGGAGCUGUAGAGGAAGACUUCCUGCCUAGUCCAAUGGCACGCUACAGACAGCUCCUGUUCUCCGCCCUCAAAUUUUGUCUGGCCAUGCUGACAUCACUAGGCAUCGAGAACCAGGACUGUGGUAAUCAGGUGAUGCAGUUUAUCUUAUCUCAUGGAGAUGUGUUUCACGGAAUCUUACGAGAUCGUCAGCCCAACUUAAGUUUAGCCACCCUCCGUGAGCUGGCUCUGACCACAGCAGUUCUGGCCCGGGCCAAUGCCAGAGGCAUUCCAGAUGCAGAAUUUGAUGACCUUGACCCUGCUGGAAUAGAGUUGAAAGGUCAAAAGGUCAGGAUUGAGAGACAGAUGCUAGCCUUAAUGCCAAAGUACUGUAUGUGUGAGCGCGUCAACAAACAACUGAAGUUACUGGAAUCGGACGAGUCGACUCGAGGGAAGGACUUGAGUUCGGAACUCGCUGUCGUGUUUCUGGAGGUGUCUGCCAAUGUGACGUCGUACUGUCGAGCCGUCAUCUCGACUUCAGGACCAACUUCUCAGUUCUGUAGAGUUCUUUUUCGGCCGAAUUUGGAGGAGGCUUUAGCUAGAGACCUUGGAAGUACUGAUGAUACUUCCUUUCUAAGCAAAAGCGCGAUUCAGGCUCCCAGUCUUGGUGUCGUUGUGUAUCAGCUCCGGCAGUGUGCCAACAAUUUCAUGUUGGUGUACGAGACUCACAAACAACAUCUCCGUAAAUUACAAAGCCUGGCCGACCUCAGCACCGAUGAUCUCAAACAGUUUUCUGGGGUUGAAGAGAAGAUGAGCUCACAUCAGCGACAGAAACUGGCCAAGAGCCGCCUCACUAAGAUUGUCCACUGCAAGGAAGAACAGCUGCGAUACUUUGCUUACAUCCUGGAGAACUGUCUGUUUAUGUUGUGGCGACAUUUGGAAUACUAUCUCGUUCACUGUGUCCCAGUCACACAGCAGUCAGCCAUGUACCAGAGCCAGACUCGUAGACAGACACAGCUCCGGAGGCUUCAAGAUCUUACUGGGACAGCUCGAUCCUCAAUGGUUGAUUCCGAGGCAGACUCUUUUGCAAAUGUCGAUAGGCAGCUGAUGAUGGGCGUGACUAGCGAGGAAAUAGAAACACUGAAAGAGACAGCAAAUUCGGCAAUCCACGAUUCACUCCUCAAAAAAAUUCAUGAGAUUGACCAGGUAUAUUGCAAAUCUCGGACUCACUACAGCUUUGUGGAGGCUCUGAUCAGGAGAGUGAGAAGACUGUUGAGGCUCCACACAGGGAGCUGAUGUGGUAUGGAUAUAAAGAUUGCGGGGCUCCACAUGGGGACAGACUGAUAUAAAGACUGCGGGGCUCCACAUGGGGACAGACUGAUAUAAUAUGUAACUAAAGACCUGAAGGGAAGGAAAUCAUGUUUGUUUUUCAUAUUUAAUGAUGUACUUUUGUUCCGGAGAAGGACGAACUUGUCAUUGUUUUUGUACGUUUCACAUGUCAAUUUCAGACGUACAUGUAUAAUGUGUGUAUAUACAUGUACAUGUUAAUCUCUAAAGAGAGGAAUGCAGAUAUUGAAUGUUUUUGGUAAAUGCAUAUAACAGCUAUCUAGUUGUACAGAACAGUGUUGUGUCUACAGGGUGCCAGUCUAUUUUUAGAGUUUCAUUCACUUGAUCAGUAUUUUUAGUAUGCAUGUGGCUACAUUUCGGGGGUGGGGGGGUGUGUCCUUUGGUUUAUAAAGAAGAAUAGGGAAUUGACUCCCUGUGAUUGUGUCUGACUUUUCUGUGAAAAUAUAUGGAUGUACAACAUC